AUGGACGAAUCACUCAAGAAGAAGCAGCGACGAAUGAAAGCUAACGGACGAGAACGUCAACGUAUGCAUGGCCUCAAUGAUGCGCUUGAUGUUUUGAGACAGUAUGUACCAAUCACAGCACAACAUCAGAAACUGAGCAAGAUCGAAACACUUCGAUUAGCUAAAAAUUACAUCCUAGCUCUUCAGAGGAUGCUGCAAACUGGUCGACAACCUACUCCCCUUGAGUACGCUCACCAGCUGUCAGUUGGACUUAGUCAAACUACCACAAAUAUGUUGGCAAAUCUGCUACAAGUACAACCACGCCUACUUCUCACUGCGGCAACUGUUCCCGGAAUGGAAAUGUCAGUUGUUCCUCCGCCAACUAUCUAUCCUCAAGGAACGCCCUACCCUAGCGAGUACAGCGGUUCAGAGUCAAGUUUCGGAAGCCCCAACAACAACUGUUAUGGUUACCAACAUUUCAUGCAAUAG